CUUUUAUUUUGCUCUCGUGCAGGGGUAGAGGAUAGCAAAUCCACCUCUAACAAUUUAUAGUGAUCAUUUACAGUUUAUAAAUGAAAUGUAAUUACUCAGCAACAUUGUACUGACAAUGUUUGGGAUUAAUUGGGGGUGGGAAUUACGUGGAACAAUGUCAUCAGAUUCGAUCGAUAACACACAACACCUGGAAGGGGUAGUUGAACGAGGGCGAAGUGGGUGUUAGUGUUUGUAUCCAUUUGUGGUAUGGGGUGCACGCGCACACGAGCGCGUAAAGAGGAUAGGAUUAUAUCCUGUGGGUAAAUUUCUUCAUGAAUAUUAUUAUAAUUUUUCACGUUAAAUGUUCAUGGCAAUAACGAUAUAACUUAUCGACAAAAGAAACUGGAUCUGUUGGGAGAAUAUUAAAAUGUAAAGUUAUGCCGAAAAAAAGUAACAGGCAUGUGAAGGAUUCAGGGACAACGAGGAGACAGCAUAUUGAUGACAAAGAUUGUAAUGACAGUGGCGUCAACCAUACACAGAGUGUACGUAUUGGCGUCAAAAAUGCUAAACGAUGGUUAUCGUUGAAAAAACGAAUGGGUUUUGUCAGUGAUGAUGAUUUGGUGGUACAUCUGCUCGAUCUUGCCGAAACAAUCAGAAAAGAUGAAAAAACCCCAGAAAAAAACUGGGAGACGAAUGGCCAUGCCGAGGAGAAAGAAAAAACUAACAAUAUAACAGAAGUAGAGCCUCCAGAGCCACUUCGUAGAAGCUCAAGAAAGCAGAACCAAGAAUCUCAAAAGGACGAAAAAUUCCUCAAAAAUCAAAUGGACAAUCCUCCAGCAGAGCCGACAGAGCGCACGGAUGAACAGCAGGCACAGCACAAAACAAAAAUAAAGCAUCACAGGAGUAAAACAAAGCAUCAUAAGGAGAAACGCAAAAAGCGGAAGCACACAAAGAGUUUAGAGCCUGAAGACCCUCUGGUAAUGGAAGAUGAUGGUAAUACGAUAGAGCAUGAUGAAUCUAAAGACAGUACAAGACAACCUGACCAUGAAACUAAAUUAAACAAAUCUGUGGAGAUCCAUGAAACUAGGGACGAAUCUGUCAUCCAAAAGACUGAGACUAUAGAUAACGUAGUAUUAACCAACCAUGUAAAUAGUAAAGAGAAUAUUAGUCAAAAUUCACAGAUUAACGACAAUUCAAUCGACAAAAAUACAAGUGUUCAGGAAGAUAGAAAUUUAAGAAGUAGUAUCUCAGCAAAGUGUUCAGUGGUUAGACACUCAACUGAGCCCAACAUUCCCCAGGAGCUUGAGUUAAAAAUCGAGAGAUUAGAAACAACAAAGCAGGAGGCACUCCCCCCGACUCAAAGGAGAAUAGAAUCACGAAAUAAAUUGCCAGAGCCUCAGGGGAAAGCUGAAACUGACGAUAAGAAAAAGAGAAAACGAAAGCAUCCAAAACAAGAAGCAGACCCACUCCAAGACGACUCAAACAAUGAAACAAAUGCUGAUGAGCACAAGCACCGUAAGAAGAAGCACAAACAUACAGAGCACAAAGUUAAAAAAAAUCACGAUGUGAGAAAAGCUCCACAGGACGGAAUGAUUCCCCUGGAACCUCGAGAACUGGGACCUGAUGAGCCAUCUCCCUCGGUUGGAAUCCUCCCCCAAGGAGACUUGGACAUUGAAGGGAGUCCAGAUCACCAGAGACUUGCGAUAAAAAUAAAACUCUGCCAGGACUGCAACAGUCGCCACAUCCAAGAUGCCUGUCCUCUAAUCUCAGCAGUCUACGAAAUCCCAGACUCGAUAUCAUCCAUUGACUGGAUCAACAUGCAGAAGCACAAUCCUGAAGUGGCAAAAGCCCUUGCCUCCGAAAAUCCAAUGUCCGAGGGUUAUGGAAAACUGGCAGACGAUGGAUUCGAGUCGGACGAGGACUCAGAUCAGUACAAAUUGAAAUCAAAAGUCCACAGUGAAGAGAAACGUCUCCAAGUCGACGAUGAGCGACCACUUUACUCGAGAGAUUCUCUGCCAGACUUUCUGGAGCUCAAGAUAUCAACCAAUGAACACGGACUAGGAGUUUUCUCCAAGAAUCCAGUGCCAAUGUACGCAAAAUUGGGGCCAUUAGUUGGAGAGCCAGUCAAGGAAAUGGACAUUCCUGAUGACUUCUCCAUGCGUCACAUCUGGGAGGUGGAGAACGAUGGAAAAUCCUCAUACAUAAGUACAACUAAUCCUCUAAAGAGCAACUGGAUGCGCUACAUGCGACCUGCUGAGACCAAAGAAGAGAGAAAUGUCGCAGUAAUAACCCAAAACGGCAAACUCUACUUCGUAACAACGCAAAACAUAGCACCGGGGAGCGAAUUAACAUACUGGGCGGACUCCCAGUCGUCUGCAUGGACACGAAAGAACAAAACUGAUAAAACAAACUGCGGCGGCUGUAAUCUCAAUUUUACCCAUCCAAUUUACUAUCGUUUGCACUGCUGCAUAUUCCACGACACUAAUUACAGUUUAACUAUACGUAAAUAUCACUGCAAAGUGUGUGGUGCUGCUGUACUAGGUAAAGAUAAUAUCAUGAAACAUGCGGCUGAACUUCACGCUGGUCGUGGGGCUUAUCAGUGCCAGUAUUGCAGGAAAUUCUUCCUGCGAUUGAAUUAUCUAGAAAUGCAUCGCACCUAUGGCUGUUCGCAAAAUCCGCAGAGAUCUAGGCCACUGUGUGACUUUUGUGGACGUAAAUUUUGCCAGCCACAGAAAUUGAAGGUACACAUUAAGAGGAUGCACAGCGAUAUGUCGGAGGUACUGAGGGAGUUUCAGUGUAAAUUGUGUUUGAAGUUGUUGGGAUCGAGGGCUGCCUUGCAAAGACACAUGAAGGAGGUGCAUCAUAAGGAUGUCGUCGGGGCAGCUACUUGUGAUCGAUGCGGCAAGAUGUUUCAGAAUAAGAGCAAUCUUAAGAUUCAUAUGUUGACACACAGCGGUGUUAAGCCUUUCAAGUGCAAAGAAAAUAGUUGUAAAGCUGCAUUCACCACCAAACAAUGUCUCCAGUUCCACUACAAGAAAGUCCACGGACUAACUGAAGAGAUGAUGCCGAAAAUCGAAAGAUCAGUGGCAUACACAUUCGAUGCAUACAGCGGAGGUCCCUUAGAGGAGUCCUCCCAAGACAACACACCGAAAUCAACUCGCAGAAUCUCCCAGGAGAACAGCGGUAGUUUACUAUCAAUGGAGGACGUGAGCUCCGAGAACAGUAUGAAAACCGAAACCCCAGUGCCAUCGUGUCCCCCAAGUCACUCAGACAUCGACCCAGAGGCCUCAAUGAAUCACCCACCCCGUCAAGACAUACCAAUGUCAUCACCGCGACACGAGGUAAUCUUACCUUCAGUUCGUCAGGAUCUCGAUAUGUACGGGACUUCCAGGCUCCAAAGCAAGGGGAGUAAAAAAUGGAUGGGUGAAUUCAAUCCUCCCCCAACUGUCAAGCUCCCAGAGCACUCCCACCCCAUCUCAGUGACCCCAACAGACCCCUACAAAUUCGAGGAUCCCCCCAAGAAGGAUGAGGAUCGUUCAACACCUCUGCCAAUGACCUCAACCCUCAUGGACGACAGUAAACUCGGUCUGAACGUCUACCGACGAACCGAGAGUACAAAUGCAAGUCUACUAGUCGAGGCAGCUCUCGAUGCAGCUGAGAGAGACAUCGGUGCUGUCUCCAGCCCAAUCCUGGAGGACAAUGACAGAGAUGGAAAUCUCUACUCAAUGUCCAAUCAACUGCACUCCCCCCUCCCCUCACGAUCUCCAGAGAGUCAUCUAGAAUCGUACAUGCAGCAGCAGGAGGAUCUGAUGUCCCCAGCACCUACCACAGACAGCAGAAAUACUCCCCCCAACCAUGCGCACUCAGACUACCACCUCCAUCGAUCAGUGGACUACAUAAGUGCCACUAGGACUCAUAAUAUCGAGCAGUAUCUCCAUCACGAGGACCUCCCUCGGGGCUCCUCACCGAAUAACUAUAUUCACAUGACGCAGACUGAUCUAGUGUCUCCAUCAGCAACUCCGAAUCGUUAUCAGGAGGUCCAUCAUCAUCAUCAAGUCCCCGCUGAGAACCUCUCGAGUGACGAGGGCGACUCUGUUGCCCAGAAUCUCAGUAUAUCAGUUAAAGAGAAAUCUCUUCAGUUGGACUUAUCUACUUCGUAUAAAUAUGAUUCACUCGAUUUUGAGUUUGGUAAUAGGGAGAGAAACUUCGAGCCACUAGUGCUGAAUAAUGGAGAGCUUCAGGGACUCGACAUGAGUGCCAGGGGAUUUCACACGUUUGGCUCGCAAAUGCAAAACAGCAGAUAUCAUCAUCAUCAUCAUCUCUAUGAUAUUGGGGAACGUCAGAGUGUCGAUUUAAGUAGAACUGGGAGCUACUCGAUAUCACCACCACCACCUCCAUAUCCUCACAGCGAUGUUCUCAGGGUUGUUAGUCUUGAUCUCACUCCUGGGGGGAGGCAUUCAGUUGAUUUGAGUCUUUCGAGGAGUCAUCAUAUUCAUGGCAAUAACUCGAGAGUGCUUACUAGUCCACAGCCAAGCUCAACGACACCCCACGUUGUUCCUGAUGCCAUUGAGGGACGAAUGAUGUCUCCACCACCUCCACCACUAUCUGCUUACAAUCCAGCUUAUCCGGUUAGUCCUGCGCCUUAUCAUCCACCAAGGCCUGGGUAUUAUCAUCAUUCUGGAUACUAUUGAAUGGGAUUGUUGAAGCAGGAAAAUUGAGUGGUGGGCGAAUAUUUUUUUUCUUCAUUUCAUGUAUGGGUGUUUUCGCCAAUUAUUGGUAUGGUUUUGUACCUUCAAAAAUUCAAUUUUGUUGAGACUUCUUAUAUGGCUUUCUUAUCAUUGAAAGACCCCAAAAAAUUUUUGUCAAUUUCUUUCAAAUAUUGUUACAUCCACAACGUUAAUUUCUGAAUUUUGUGAGUUAUUGAAAAAAUUUUGCGUCUCAGCAGAGGUCAAUUUUUUCUGGUUUUCAAUAUGGAUUUCCGACGUACAUUUUCCGUUCUUUCGAUUGAGCAUGAUUUCAAUUAGCUCACAUAGUUGGAAAUGCUUUCAAAUCGCCAAAAAACGAGAAAAUCGUGCGUGGUACCUCUUUCCCCCAACUCGAUUGAAGAUUUUUUUCUUUCCUACCCAAAGUGAUUAUUUUUAUAAAACAUAUUAAAAAAUUAGACUGGGACU